CAAGCGAGACAACACCGGGCAAAUUUGGAGGAGAUGCCAACCACCUAGGCUGUGUGCGGGAGACCAUGGCUCAUCACACCCAGGAGGAUGGUGGCAUCCAUUUCCCUUUUCCCUUCCCGCCCUAUUCCAUCCAGAAGGAGUUCAUGGCAGAGCUGUACCAGGUUCUGGAGACUGGCAAGAUCGGGAUAUUUGAGAGCCCAACUGGCACGGGAAAGUCCUUAAGUCUCAUCUGUGGGGCCCUUUCCUGGCUCCGUGACUUUGAACAGAAGAAACAGCAAGAAGAGGCACGUCUCCUUGAACCUGGAGCUGGCCCUUUGUGUGAUGGGAGGGAGCUGUCCCUGCUGGCCUCAUCUUCCUGCCAAGAGCCCCCUGACACUCCAAGGCCUGCAGGAGAACCCGACUGGGUCACCCAGUUCGUGCAGAAGAAAGAAGAAAGGGACCUAGUGGAGCGACUGAAGGAGGAGCAGGUGAGGAGGAGGAAGCGAGAGGAGCGCCUGCAGCAGAUCCGCCAUGAUGUGCGGCUCAAGUACACAGCCAAGCGCCUGAGACAGGAAGAGGAAACUGAGAGUCUCCUGCGCCUUAGCAGAGAGAUUCUGGCUGCUGGAUCAGGAGUGGAGCAUCUGGAACAGCUGGAAUCUGGGGAGGAGGAGCUGGUCCUGGCCGAAUAUGAGAGUGAUGAGGAGAAGAGGGUGGCAAAUGGAGUGGAUGAGGACGAGGAUGACCUGGAGGAAGAACAUAUAACUAAGAUUUACUACUGCAGCCGGACACACUCGCAGCUGGCCCAGUUUGUGCAUGAAGUACAGAAGAGCCCUUUUGGCAAGGAAACCCGACUUGUCUCCCUGGGCUCCCGGCAGAACCUCUGUGUGAAUGAAGAGGUGAAAAACCUGGGUUCUGUGCAGCUUAUCAACGACCGCUGUAGAGACAUGCAGAGAAACAAACAUGAGAAGAGCAGAGCUGAGGAGAACAAGCCAAAGAGGAGGAGGCAGGAGAGCCGGGCCGCCUGCCCCUUCUACAACCAUGAGCAGAUGCAGCUCCUCCGGGACGAGAUCCUGGUGGAGGUGAAGGACAUGGAGCAGCUCGUCACUCUGGGCAAGGAAGCUCGGGCCUGCCCCUACUACGGAAGCCGGUUUGCCAUCCCUGCAGCCCAGCUGGUGGUGCUGCCCUAUCCAAUGCUGCUGCACGCAGCUACCCGGCAGGCUGCAGGCAUCCAGCUGCAGGGCCAGGUGGUAAUCAUCGAUGAGGCGCACAACCUGAUCGACGCCAUCACAGGCAUGCACAGCGCAGAGGUCAGCGGGUCCCAGCUCUGCCAGGCCCAUUCCCAGUUGCUCCAGUAUAUGGAAAGAUACGGGAAGCGUUUGAAAGCCAAGAACCUGAUGUACAUCAAGCAGAUCCUGUACUUGCUGGAGAAGUUUGUGGCUGUCCUGGGUGGGAACAUUAGGCAAAAUCCCAACACACAGAGCCUCUCGCAGACAGGGGCGGAACUGAAGACCAUCAACGACUUCCUCUUUCAAAGCCAGGUGGACAACAUCAACCUGUUCAAGGUGCAGCGGUACUUUGAGAAGAGCAUGCUCAGCAGGAAGCUCUUUGGCUUCACAGAACGCUAUGGUGCUGUCCUCCCAGCCUCCCAGGAACAGUCCAGACUGUCUGGCUUUCAGCACUUCCUGCAGAGCCUUCAGUCCGGGACCGCUGAGGCCCCCGAGGAGGAGGGUCAGGGGGCUCCACGGCCUGCUUCCCCACUGAUGCACAUUGAAGGGUUCCUUGCAGCUCUCACCACUGCCAACCAGGAUGGCAGGGUAAUCCUGAGCCGCCAAGGCAGCCUCAGUCAGAGCAGCCUCAAGUUCCUGCUCCUGAAUCCAGCGGUGCACUUUGCCCAGGUGGUGAAGGAAUGCCGGGCGGUGGUCAUUGCGGGUGGCACCAUGCAGCCGGUGUCUGACUUUCGGGAGCAGCUGCUGGCGUGUGCCGGGGUGGAAGCUGAGCGAGUGGUAGAGUUUUCCUGUGGUCACGUGAUCCCUCCAGACAACAUACUGCCCCUCGUCAUCUGCAGCGGGCCCUCCGGUCAGCAGCUGGAAUUCACAUACCAGAAGAGAGAGCUGCCUCAGAUGAUGGAUGAGACGGGGCGCAUCCUCUGUAACCUGUGCAACGUGGUCCCUGGAGGGGUGGUGUGUUUCUUUCCCUCCUACGAGUACCAGCGUCAGGUCUAUGCCCACUGGGACAAGAGUGGCCUGCUGGCCCGCCUGGCCAUCAGGAAAAAGAUAUUCCAGGAACCCAAGAGAGCAAGCCAGGUAGAGCAGGUGCUCAUGGCGUAUUCCAAGUGCAUUACGUGCUGUGGCCAGGUGGGAGGCACAGUGACAGGGGCCCUGCUCCUCUCUGUAGUUGGAGGAAAGAUGAGCGAAGGAAUCAACUUCUCUGAUGAUCUGGGCCGGUGUGUGGUGAUGGUGGGCAUGCCUUACCCCAACGUCAAGUCUCCAGAGCUGCAAGAGAAGAUGGCCUACUUGGACCAGACCCUUCCUAGGAGCCCAGGUCAGGCACCCCCAGGGAAGGCACUGGUGGAGAAUCUAUGUAUGAAGGCUGUCAACCAAUCCAUAGGCAGGGCCAUCAGGCACCAGAGGGACUUUGCUAGUAUUGUGCUCCUGGACCAGCGGUAUGCCCGCCCCUCUGUUCUGACAAAGCUGCCAGCCUGGAUCCGAGACCGAGUAGAGGUCAAAGCCACCUUUGGCUCUGCCUUUGCUGCUAUGCGGAAGUUUCAUCGACAGAAGUCUGUCCCUUCCUGAUGGCUAGUUGCACCACUGCCUUAUGCCAGGCUCUUCUUUUACCUGUCCACUCAACAUAGCCUUUGUCUUGGGCCUAAGAAGGUGAAACCCACGUGGAGAGCAUUGAGUCCAGACCAGCCUCCUGACCUGACGGGCUGCCAGGAUCCAGGCUUACAUAGAAAAAGCCAGCACAUCUGGUUCAUUCUAAGAAGGAGUGAGCCUGGCCCCCUCAGGUCAACUCGUCCCAUUCAGCGUGGCCCAGGGUCAGCUUCCUGCCUGGCCUUUGCAGGAGGCUAUAGAAGUGGCAGCCUCUACUCAAGAGGUGAGGCCCACCCUAUCUCUGCCCUUUCUAGCUAAAAUGAGCUGUUUGAGACUUUCACCCUGUCAUCUAUAUUAUAGGCCCCCCAUUUUUAGCUCCCUGGCAUCCAUGGGGCGCUCCCCAAAAUAAACACGUCUUACUUCCUAACCACAGCCCUGCCUCUCACCUGUUUCUGGGCCCUCUGUAGUUCUAGCUCCCUGGCUUGGCUCCAGGGCUUCCCUCAAGCCAGUGGCACCUCCCUGUCUCAACCACUUGAGCAAACUCCAGGACACCAUCUACCCUGACAUCAGAAAUUACACCGAGGGCCAUU